CAGCGGGAUGAUUCCGGCGUCUCUCAUCAGCCGUCGGACGCCUCCAGUCCAAAUCAUUCUUCCGACCAGAGGAAGACGCAGCUCCAAAGAAAAUACAACCGCAACUGGUCCACACGAUGGAGGAUUCUUGUCCCAUCAUUCGUUCUAUUGCAUGACAAAUGGCAAAAAGCAUGCGUGACGGCUGAGCGUUUGCACAAGACGCUCGGAAGCACCAGAAGAUGAGGAGAAGUUGAGGAGCCGCAACUUUUAUCACUUUCAAGCUGCCUCUCGCCUCCAUCACACUUGCACCGACCGGUGGAUUGUUUGUGCGCGUCUGGAGAACGACACAAGAACACAAACUGAGUGCAUCGUUUCACACCAAGGUUAUGUUUUUUGGAGCCGAGGGGAAAUUGCUUUUUCUCCAACAACAACAACAAGAAGAAGAUGUCUGGCUGGGCUUUGUGGUUGAAAAUGGAGAAUAAAUGAAAUCUCGGGAUUAAUUGACAUCACGACGUCAGAAUGAAGGAGCGGGACCUGCGGGGAAUGUGCAGAAAGGUGCUGCUGCUGACCGUCUGCAUGUUGUCUCUUUGGGGACAACUCAGCAGUGCGUCGUCACACCGGAGCCACAUUGUUCACGUGAAGGAAGGAACAUGCGAGGUGAUUGCAGCGCACCGAUGCUGCAACAAGAACAAGAUAGAGGAGCGAUCGCAGACCGUCAAAUGCUCCUGCUUGCCGGGACAAGUGGCAGGAACGACCAGGGCGGCUCCAUCUUGUGUGGAUGCAUCCAUCGUGGCACAGAAGUGGUGGUGCCAGAUGCAUCCCUGCAUGGACGGAGAAGAGUGCAAAGUGCUGCCGGACUUUAAAGGGUGGAGCUGCAGUACGGGCAACAAAGUGAAGACCACCAAGGUCACACGAUAGUCGUCUGUUUGGGGCCAGACGUCAUUUAUUUCAGCCGAGGACGCUGGGAUCUAAUUCUUUUUUUUUUCUUUGCGUUGGAUUGUUGGAAAUGAGAGACAAAUAGGGACUUUGGUCAUGGAUGGACAAAAAGGAAAACAGAACAGGGCUUCAUUUCAGACUGCGUCUCGGGAAAAAAAAGAUUAGCGACUUUAGCGUCAUCAGUAACACGACUCGCCGACAAACAUUUCUUUGUAUUAUAGUUUGACUCCUAUGAUGCAGAGGACUCCAACAUGAAGAUAUUUAUUAGCUGAAAGACUGUGGAUUAUCGUGACAGCAGACAAAAAAAAAGAGAAAAUUGUGAUGUGAUACCUUUGUGUUUUUUCUUCACCAUGUAGAGAUCCUGAAACGCUCAAUGCGUAUUUGUGUUGAAGAUCAAGCCAGAUGAGCAUUUUCAUUCCUUUCAGCCUUAUGAAAAAACAACAUUAUGUUUCAUGGAGUUGUUAGGAUAUCAAGUCAUCUCGACGUCGACUUGAUAUGUAGAAAAGGUGGGGGGGGUGGGCGGCGCUGUGAUAAAAAACACUUUUGCCAAAACAUUUAAAUGGUAUCUGUUGCACCGUUGAUUACAAAUGUCAGUAUUAUCUCAAUAAAUCUAACCUAAUGGA